CCGGUCACGUCCAUGGGAGCGACGGCAGACAGCCAUAAACAUCGUGAAUUCAUCGGGUAGUUAUAUGGGCUUGUCUUCUGGAACAUGGAGCUGUACGCCGCAGGCUCUUUAGGUUUAGAACGGCAUGAUUCGCUAUAGUUAAGGUCAUUCAGAGUGAAGGCGUCGCUGGGUACGGACUGCGGGUCCGCUAGCGAAGCUUUGAAGUGUCCGUCAUUUGCUGUAUAUCUGCACAUAAAUCAGUGGAGAAGCCAAGUCCUUCGCUUAGCGAUGCAGGGAGAAAGCACCGCUGUCCGAGUGUCGGAGGCUGAGGGGAAGGUGGAGACGCACACCCAGAGCCGGACGUCAGGCUCCGGGAGAGCAACUUCCCGAAGCUGGCAGUACAGUGAUCACAUGGAAAACAUUGAUGGUUACCUGAUGAAGUACACCAACCUGGUGACUGGAUGGCAGUAUCGGUUCUUCGUGCUGAACAAUGAGGCAGGAGUGCUGGAGUACUUUGUGAAUGAGCAGUCCCGACCCCAGAAACCCCGUGGGACACUCGCCCUGGGGGGGGCCGUCAUCUCCCCCAGCGACGAGGAUUCACACACCUUCACCGUCAACGCCAUCAGUGGAGAGCAGUACAAGCUGAGAGCCACCGACGCUAAGGAGCGGCAGCAUUGGGUGAGCCGGCUGCAGAUCUGCACGCAACACCACACUGAGGCCAUGGGGAAGAACAAUGCUUCUCUGAAGGCACGUAGCUUCUCCAUGGCCUCCCAGGGCAGCGCCAACUCGCCCCUGUCCCAGCGCAGGUCGACGCAAAACGCCGCCGCCUUUCUGAACAUCUCUCAGCUCAGCAGGGCCUCCUCCCUGUGCUCCAGCAGGAGGUCCCUGCUUCCCGACCACCUGGUGGACGCCCGUGAGAUGAUGACCCAGGCACAGGGCCAGCACAAGGACCUGAUCCAGACCAUCGAGGGCCUGCCUGCAGCACCCGGGCUCUCCCCGCUGGACCAGGACCUGCUCAUGCUCAAGGCCACAUCCAUGGCCACUAUGAACUGCCUCAACGACUGUUUCCACAUCCUGCAGCUGCAGCAGGUUGCCCGACAGAGGCGGCCCCCGGGCGGUCCCACCAUCGAGUGGCUGGAGCCCAAGCUGCCGGACCUGCUGAAGAAUGGCACCAGUCUGCCCAGCUUGGCAGCGGCUGACAGCAAAGCAGAUGGGGGGGCACUGGAGCGUGUCACCGCAGAGUCCCAGGAUUGUGUCGGGGCUUUGGAGGACAUAAACCCUGAGGAUGAGGUGGAGGACAUUUUCACAGAUCAGGAGGAUGACCUGGGGGCGAUCGAGGAGGAGCGCAGUGUCAUUCUGCACCUGCUAUCUCAGCUCAAGCUGGGCAUGGACCUCACCCGGGUGGUCCUGCCCACCUUCAUUCUGGAGAAGCGUUCCCUGCUGGAGAUGUAUGCUGACUUCUUGUCCCACCCGGACCUGUUCUUGGCCAUCGCGGACGGCAGCACCCCCGAGGACCGCAUGUUGCGCUUCAUCAAGUAUUACCUCACCUCCUUCCAUGAGGCCCGGAAGGGUGCCAUCGCCAAGAAACCUUACAACCCCAUCAUCGGCGAGACCUUCCACUGCUCCUGGCGGCUGCCCUGCUCCCAGUUCAGCGGCACGAGCGCCUCCCGUGCCGACCUUCAGGGCGGCGCUCCCGAGUCUUCGGACUUCUACCAAGUGCAAUUUGUGGCGGAGCAAGUGUCCCACCAUCCACCCAUCUCCGGCUUUUAUGCAGAGUGUCCCGAGAGGAGGAUGGCUGUCAACGCCCAUGUCUGGACCAAGAGCAAGUUCAUGGGCAUGUCCAUCGGGGUCUCCAUGGUGGGCGAAGGCUGCCUGUACCUCCUCGAUCACGACGAGGAGUACACCUUCACGCUUCCCUCGGCCUACGCCCGCUCCAUCCUCACCGUGCCCUGGGUGGAGCUGGGCGGGAAGGUAAACGUCAGUUGCGUCAAGACGGGCUACUCUGCGGCCAUCACCUUCCAGACCAAGCCCUUUUACGGAGGGAAGCUUCACAGGGUCACCGCCGAGGUGAAGCACGGCCCCAGCAACGCGGUGGUGUGCCGCGUGCAGGGCGAGUGGAACGGCACGCUGGAGUUCAGCCACGUCAACGGCGACACGCACACGGUGGAUGUCACCAAGCUGCCCGUGAGCCGGAAGUGGGUACGACCCAUCGAGCAGCAAGGGCCCUUCGAGUCCAGGCGCCUGUGGCAGCACGUGACGGAGGCGCUGCGUCACAAAGACAUCGAAAAGGCGACGGAGCACAAGCGCCUCCUGGAGGAGAGGCAGAGGAGCGAGGAGAGAUGUCGGGUGGAGACGCGGACUGCUUGGAGGACGAGGUACUUUCACAGUGAGGGCGACGGCUGGGUGUAUCACAAUCCGCUAUGGAGAUCCGUCGGCACUGACCUCUGAGGAACAGCCGGUCCACCGCUCCCUCCGUGCCCCGAGACUCAGCCGAUAGCCGCAAGUGGUUCUUUCUGUUUUCCGACGGUUAUGGCAAACCUCCUCUGUUCGCGAAAUAUGCUAGCAGCUCGCGCCUUGAGCGGAGAGAGACGGGCACAUGUACGUCACCUCUCGGAGCGUUUAGGCGGCCUGGAAAGAUGCAUAUUUUGUAACGUUUGAUUGAUACUUUUGUAAAAAAAAAAAAAAAAUAGCGUUUUAAUGGUCUAUGGAUCGUAUGUGUACUAUUGUAAAUAUAGGUUCUCCACUGAUGCUGCCUUACUACAGACGGACGCUGGCAGUAGAGCAUUUGAUCAGGUCUGGCUUGGAUCGGGGAUCUGGACAAGGUGUUAUCUUAUCAGGGAGCUGGAGCACGUGACGCCAUUACCUUUAGAAGUCCAGGCCUGCAGUGCAAUUGUACCUCACCCCCACCCCAUUUCCUAGAACAGUUUAACUAUACAACACAGGAGUUUAAUGACCUUCAUGGAAACACUACCUGAGCGUUUCUGUAGGAGUCCAGGUGCAGGCUGGAUGUGGCCAAUACCGGUCACAUCCUCAUAAUUGGGAAUGUGCAGGUUGGUUUUCUCACGGUAGCAAUAAUGUCCAUGUCAACCCGACGGGCAUCGUGCGGUGCACUCGGGGGUAAAGGCUGAAAAGCAUGUAGCUCUCCUCAGAGUGCCCCAUUAAAUGCUGAUUGUAGGCUAUGGCAUCGUCACUGGUUUCUAAUGUGUGACGAGCCCUCGUUUGAUUUCUAAUGUUUAUCUGAUGGUGGGGGGAGGGGUCUUCUCUGUAGCUUGUUUGUGACCAUUCCAAGGACAAAUGAGUUUUGAGGGAUAGGUGGGGACAUGGUGAGUCUUCUGAGAAACUAUGUAGCUUGAGAAACCUGCCGGCUGAUUCGUAUUUGAGUGGCUUAACUGGGAUUUGACUCAACUGCGGCGUUUUUGUCCAUCAGUCAGACAUGCCGUCGUACAAGACGCAGGAAUCGGAACGGUUGACGGGCUGAACUGUAGGACACGCAGCUCAAUGGGAGGAGAAGCGCGGAUAAGAAGGUUAUGGCCAUAGAUCUUUCCUCUGUUCAAGCCCCAUCUCUUCACUAAAUUCCUGCAUCUCCUGUACAGUAAGAACGUCCACCAGUGUGGACAGGAGAGAAUCAGUGCUCAGCCUCUCAGCCCAGCAAUCAAAUUCUUAUUCCCUGACCGACAGUCAAUUCUGCACAUGUGUGUUUGCUCUAAAUCCAUAAGCUUUCCCCUAUUCAGUGUGGUGCCUUAAGCUACGUUGUUGUUCUGGAUGCGUCUUCCAUUUCGCCUUCAUCUUCAAGCCGUCUCAAGUACCAGUCAUCGCUGUGAAUGGCUUAUAUGCACAUACUGUACUAUGGUAUUCUGACGGUUUACUCGAUCCCUGAAAAGACGGCCCGGCUGUCUGCUCUGCGAUCCGUUGAAUCCGGUGGGGCCGAGGGAACCCGCUCAGGGUGAUGAAGAUGGCUGCCCACAGGAAGCCCCCCCGGGGGGGCCUCAUGAGCUACAUUGUGGAUGGAUUCUGUACACAUUGACCUGUGAAAUGCACUGACAUGCAAUUUAAUGGUAACUCCUUGUAGACGUAGAUAAGUGUGUUAAUGAAUGAAUAAAUAACUACUAAUCAAUUUGUUUA